AUGUCUCUAGUUCAUCUGAUUUCCUGGCUCAUAGUUGCAACCAGACAAUCGACAUUCUCUGCUAGCCUGGACGACUUACAUCGUCUACGGCAUCACCUAUUCACCAACUACACCCCAGACGUAAGGCCGUUACUAAACCAGUCCCAUCCUCUUGUCGUGGAUGUCAAUUUCCAAUUCAUGAGGAUCCAUCACAUUGACAACACACAAAAGGAGUUCUCCAUCCGAGGAAUGCUGUACCUUACUUGGAAGGACUACUUUCUCAUGUGGAAAUCUGCUGACUUUGGAGAUUUGAGACACUAUCAUCCGAAGCAAGGAGAGAUUUGGACUCCAAGUAUUCUCAAUGAAGACGGUGUUGGAAACCAAGAUGUUAUGGAGACAACAACGAGGCGUGUGUUGUACAAAAACGGAUCAGUUGUGGUUCGUGUUCCUGGGUAUUUCUCAACCUUUUGUAACUUUGACAUGACUAAUUUCCCGUUUGAUAGUCAGACUUGUAACAUCCGUCUAAACGCAUUAGAUUAUUUUGCUGAAGAACUCACAUUCCGUCCGGUUUCAAAACAAGUGACGACAAUUGGAAACUACAAGGAUGCUGAGUGGACUGUGGACUGGGCUAUGCUGACAAGUGAUCAAAUCAACAUUGCUCCACAUCGUUACAGCAGAAUUAGUGUCAUGUUUAAGGUUGUGAGAAAACCAUUGUUUGCCAUCUUAAACAUCGUCAUCCCCAUCGUCACCAUCUCCAUCCUCAGUAUGAUGGUGUUCCUCGUCCCUGUAGAGUCUGGGGAGAAGUUGUCCUUCUCACUGUCGGCGUUGUUGUCACUGGCAGUCUUCAUGAGCUUCAUCACUGAACAGAUUCCUGCAUCGUCGGAGAAACCACCACUGCUGGUCAUCUACCUGACGUCGAUGGUUCUGCUGAAUGCUAUGUCAGUCGCCAGUACAGUUCUUGUAUUGCUGUGCCAUUACCGAGGCUCUGUUGCCAAGGAAAUCAACGCUGCAUGUCAUGUUUCAUCCAACCAGAAUACUGCUGAUGUUGCGAUUCAGAAACGUUCAUUCAGAAAACCGUUUUCGAUGAUCUGCUGUGGGAAAGAGAAGAAAUUUAUGUCAGCCAGUCGUGCCCUGAACAACACGCUGCUUCUGCUGUUUAUGGGAGUUGUGAUUGGAAUUACUGUAAUGAUACUAAAGACGAAUAACAAAUGA